AUGUCAGGUAACGGUGCUCAAGGUACUAAAUUCAGAAUUUCUUUAGGUUUACCAACUGGUGCCAUCAUGAAUUGUGCUGAUAACACUGGUGCUAGAAACUUAUACAUCAUUGCUGUUAAAGGUUCUGGUUCUAGAUUAAACAGAUUACCAGCUGCUUCUUUAGGUGAUAUGGUUAUGGCUACCGUUAAGAAGGGUAAGCCAGAAUUAAGAAAGAAGGUCAUGCCAGCUAUCGUUGUCCGUCAAUCCAAGUCUUGGAGAAGAAAGGACGGUGUCUACUUAUACUUUGAAGACAACGCCGGUGUCAUUGCUAACCCAAAGGGUGAAAUGAAGGGUUCCGCCAUCACUGGUCCAGUCGGUAAGGAAUGUGCCGAUUUAUGGCCAAGAGUUGCUUCUAACUCUGGUGUUGUUGUUUAA